AGCUGCAGCGUAGCAACAGCAGCUAGGUGUUAGCUCGCCUGCGUUAUUCUUCGUAAACUGAAGAUCCAGCGAGUGUCUUAAGUGCAGUGAACUCCACAUCACCGCCGGAAGAGUGUGAGUGUAAAUGCAGAAUGUGCUCUGUGGUGGGCUGUGAUUCGUGGCGUCGCCAUGCACGGCGGUUCCCCCUACCAGAGGACCCGGAGAAGAGGCUGGAGUGGGUCCAGUUUCUGUUCGAGGUGAACGGCCAGCGACUCAAGGAGUCGUCGUGGACUGAUAUCACGGUCUGUACCGAGCACUUCACCCCCGACUGCUUCCUGAGGGAGACUCCGGGGACUGCGGUCCAGCUGAAGUCCGGGGCCGUCCCCCUGGUGCACGUACACGACCAGGAGGAGCUGCACAUUAAGCAGGAGCCUGUGGAAAGCCCGGAUGAGGACCCUGCAUUUGAGCCCCUUGAUAUAUGCCACAGUCCAGCAUUCUUUAAAGAAGAAACUUCCAGUGUAAUUGCGAGUCCAAGAUCAAGUGAUGGCUCUGAAUCUUCCAAGUAUGAUUAUGUUCAGAUGCUGCAAAAAAUUGAAAACCUCGACAUUAUCAGAAAGAAAGCUGGACUUCUUCAGGUCGAUAGUAGAUAUGUUGUGAAUGAAAAACAACUCUUCACGAUGUUCAGCAGUAAGUGCCCUUUGUGUCGUUCGAAAGUAAAGACGGAGAAAGCUGUACAGGGAUUACUCUUGGCUGUAAACCAGCAGUGCGUUCAGUGUAAAUACAGAAAAGAGUGGAAAAAUCUGUCCAGUUCUGCCGUCACCGCAGAUGAAGGCGCGAAUCCGACCGAACGCUCAGAAGUAACUCUAGAGACUGAUCCGACCGACGAAGAGAAGACCAGAGUCCCUGAGAUUAUUCAUUGCAUUGGUGAAGACAGUGAUCCCAUGGAGGACUUCAGUAGUAGUCAAGAUGAUGUGGAUUCAGGUGACGAUUGGCAACCAGAAGAGGAACUUUUAUUCUAUCAUGAGUUGCAAGAGGAAUCUGAUGAGGAAAGCAAUUAUGAAGAAGAUGAUGAUGGAGAUUACGAUGAUGACGAUGACGAUUUACCCCCAAAAAACCGUGAGCUCUGUACAGAUUGUGGAAGGUUUUUCGAUCGCCGGCAGCCUCACACGUGUGAACAUAAAAUCAAGCCAUAUUCAUGCAAUAUUUGUGGGAAGAGGUUUGUCAAUGAGACGUCUAUAACUGCUCACAGCAAAAUCCACGAGGAAAGCUACGAGAUUCCAUGCAAAUAUUGCAAUGCUAAGUUUAAAACUAAAGUUGACAAAAUCACUCAUGAGCAAGUGCACGUUACUGAAGAGAAGCCCUACAAAUGUCCCGAAUGUUCAGAAGAGUUCGCCACAAACAAGGAGCGCAGAAUCCACCUGCAAGAGGGCGAGUGGCCACAUUCUUUAAAGUGUCACAUUUGUGGAAUUCAGUUUUACCAAAGCACGUCCAUUCGCAGACAUUUACUCGUGCACUCAGGAGAGAAGCCGUUCAAGUGUCCAGUAUGCCAGCGUGGCUUUUCACAGGCCAGCCAUCUGAAAUCACACAUGCGCCUGCACACAGGGGAGAAACCAUAUAAAUGUCAGCACUGCGACCAAUCCUUCAAUCACAAUGUGAGUUUGAAAAGCCAUUAUCAGCGGUACCACUCUCCAAACUCUAGACAUGCACAGAAAAAGAAGAUGAAAGGAAAGGGAAGUAACCCUGGCAAUGGUCAAGAUAAUGGUAGUAGGAGAGUUGCAGACUCGGGGGUUGACAAUGUGGAGCAAGAUUCACUGGUGAAGGUGGUGAAAAUGUUAAGAACUAAGCCCAAAAAGAAAGUUACAGGUCGACCCAAAGGAAGGCCCAAGAAGGGCCAAUCAGCAGACCCUUUGGUUCAAGAGGAAAACAUGCAACGGACGGAUAAAAGAAAGCCGCAGGAAUCAAAGGACACAACAUCCAGCGAUGAAGAAAGUGACGAGCUGACUGAGGACGAGGAAUUUAGUGACUCUAUGGAAGAGCAAGAGAAAGCUGAAAAAGUGACUUCGCGUGCGAGUAAAUCAAGAGGAAGGCCGAAAGCUUCUGACUUGGACUCUGACUUUGAACCGACAGAAAUUAAGAAAAAGAGGAGAAACAGUAAAAACAUUAGCUAGGUGUCAGGACGACACCUGGAAAGAGCAAGAAAGAGUCCAGUAGUUAAGACACUGAGCUAAAAUUGUUGUUGACCUUAAUGCCAAGCAGACCCAAACAUCAUGAUUCAUAAAAUACAGUAUGUGAAACUUCACCAAAAUAUAUAUUGUCACAUACAAAAAUGCUACUAAAUAUGAUCUAUUUAGGAUACUUACAUAAACUUUAAUUUCCCUAAUCACAAAAGAAGCACACAUUUGAUUUAGAUUAUCACUACAUUUAAAGGGAAGAACAAAAACAUUUUCAAAAACAUUUAGAUUGUGACUAUAUUUAAAAAGGACACACCUUUUUCACGGAUUCGGGUUAUGAUCUCUUUUUGUCUGAAACAAUAAUGGCGUUUUAGUUAAAAUGAUGUUGAUUGAAAGUCCUACUUUUGUGAAUAACGACUUAUCUGAAUCUUCAAGUAUGAUAAGAUGCCUGAUGUUUGAAUUAGAACAAGGUAAUGCCAGAUGUGGGACUUUACAGACUUCACAAAUUUGUGACCCCAUUAAAGCAGCACAACGUAACUUUCAGCUUUUGUUGAGUUUGGCGGCUCCUUUGGACAAAAGCGGUAGUGCUUUACCAGUAGUGUGGCAGGGUUCCUACCAUGCUCCUCAAAGUUACAUAGUGCCAGUGAAGGCGACACAGACCCCUCAGACCAUGACAGAGGUUCAUUAAACCUGUUGGAAGUUGAUGUACCAUCACAAUGACUCUGGAAAUAUUAUAUUAAGGUGGAAAAGUUACGUAGUGUCGCUUUAAGUAAAAAAACAAAGAUCUGGUAUUUUUUCAUGACCUAAAUUAGUAUUCAAAAUGCCCUAGAAAUGGUUUUAAAGUACCAGCAGGUUUAUUAUAUUAUGUGGUGCCUUUUAUAAAUCAAGUUCAAUGAGCCAUUACACUAUUUGUAAAAUGCCUCCUAUGGUGAAGUUCUGGGCAUGAUUUAUUUGAAAGUGUCCCUGUCAAGGGGGAAAAUGGCAUACCUCAACCCGAGCAACCUUUCUGUAUAAAACUGUAUCUCCAACCCUUUCUUUUAAGCAGUCAGUGACGAUACUUGUCAGUUUACAUAUUUAAUGUAGAGCCUGGACGUGUCUGACAUUAAAUCAUGUGAUCCUAACCGCGCAGCCUUGCCCAUUCCAUCAGCAUCAUGUUCUCCAGUGAGGGUGUUGCUGUUGGCAAAGAUCACCGUCUGUCCUUGUCAGUUGUCAUCAGCACUGAUAAUUGACAACCACGUUAAUCCUGUCAUGUGCUCUGUGUUCAGACUGGGUUCUUAGAUUUCAGGAAAGUCUUAUCUUCGAGCAUCUUUAAAAAAAAUCACGCUGGACUGAUAUAACUCAUUGUGAUGAGAAUUUAACAAGUGACUGUUUUGAAAACCUGGCUCCGACAGCUGGCAUCACCGAGGCCCGAUGAUGUCCCACUCAAACAUCAAUAAACCUCUGGAGAGCCCACAAUAUGUGGCGAGUAUGCGGUGCCACCUGCUGCAACAUCUGCAACAGCACCCGCCCUCAAGCUCCUCAACAAAGCAAAUAAUUUAUCCUGCUGUAUGUCAAACAAAUCUCACAUUUGCACAUGAAGAGUUUGACUUCAUUAUGUGUUGCUUUCAGAGCUGAUACAUUAUAUAUUAUUCGAUAAAUAAUUACAAUAGCAAUCAGCGAGGUCUUAAAAACUGACAUUACUAAAGCAAGUGCAGUAGUUUUUAACGGGCAGGUAUUGUUUUUUUUCUGAGAUACUUAUUGGUCCCGCAAGUGAAAUUGUUUUGUUACAUCAGAAAUAAUAGAAAUCAAUACAAAAGGCAAAAGUAAAAUGUUCACUGUAAUCAAAACAUGUUUUAUAAGAAUAAAAAUAGAUUUUAAAUGACAGGAGUGGUUCCCUGAAUUG